AAAAAUGUGUCUCUGCUAUCUUUUCUUCCUUUCUCUCACGAUGCCAGAGUUCCCACACGGCCAGUAUCGUGGCCGCCGCUCGGCAGCUGUACCGUGACCAGGACAAGCCGGACGACCCCAUGGCCAUACAGCGGCAGUUCUCCAACUUUUACGGUGACUGGAUGUUCGUGGCACCCACGGUGGACACCGCUAAUAGACACGCAGCGUCUGGCUCCAAAGCGUACCUGUACGAGUACCAUUACCCGCCUGCGUUCGCCUCUGCCGUCCGACCAGGCUGGAUGGGGGCCGACCACAGUGAUGACGUCUUCAUGGUGACGGGUUGGCCCUUCCUGGACGUACCGUUGAGUACCAGGAUGGGGGAGGGAGGGGGCCUACUUCCGUUUUCGUCAGAAGACAGGAAGGUCAGCGGGGACAUCAUGGCGUACUGGGCCAACUUCGCUCGAACCGGGAACCCGUCUGACCGUACCGGCGGCCCGGCAGACAGCCCCACGGUACCAGAGUGGCCCCGGUACACACCGGACAGCCCCGCCUACAUGAACCUGGGGCUGACGUCAUCUGCUGACGUAGGGCUGCACCCGGACAGGGUGGCGCUGUGGAAUGACGUCAUUCCUGAAAUGAUAGCGUCGUCCAAAAAGUACGAGCUGUAGCUGAAUUUCAUGUUCAAGGCAACCUAAGCAAUAUUACAGCAUUAAAAGUGGAAAAAAAUGUAUAGAAUUGAUAUCUACUGCACUAUAUUGUCACAUUUACAUCAUUAUUUCAUCCUUUGAGCGAUUAAAAACGGCGCAGAAACAAGCCGCGCAAGGAUUCCCUAAUUAUUGUAACCCCCGAAAGUUAGACUUCACGGCAUCGUCAUGCCACUGCGGCAUCUAAUAUUUGCUCCUUGAAUGUUGGUAUGGAAUGGAAUAGAGUUGCUUCAUCUUAUUACGUAGAAAUGUGUCCCAAAAAUUGACUUUGAUAAUUGAAGUGCUACAACCCGGGCUGAUAUUGCUUACUAGGUUGCCUUUCAAGUACACCACCAUAUUUUAAAAGGUAACUUGAGGUUUCUUCACUGGCUAAGCUGGAAUUGAUAUUCCACUGUUUUCUAAUUAAGUGGAUUAUGAAAUAACUCUCAAUAUUUUUGUUCAGAUUUUUUAUAAGAAUCUGCAUGAAAGUAACACAGUAGUACUCAAUCUGAUGUAUGUAAUAGUUACCUUUAUUGAAUA